AUGUCCAACACUCCAGUCAGUCCGACGAAACCCAAAUCGCAAACCUAUGAUGGGCAAUGCCACUGUGGGAAGAUCAAGUUCACAGUGAAGCUUUCUCCUCCUAUCGAGGAUGGCCCGGUCACGAAUUGCAACUGCUCUAUCUGCCAUACCAACGGCUAUUUGAUGGUCUAUCCUCUUGAUUCCAAUAUCGACUGGAUCAGCGGCUUCGACGAAAUGACAACGUAUAGUUUCGGGAAGGAGCGGAUUCAUCACACCUUCUGUCCUACUUGCGGAACAAGCAUUGGUGGGAAAUCGAGUGAUCCGAAUUUCUUUGCCGAUAAUCGUGCUCUUAAUGUCCGCACUCUUAAAAAGGUCAAUAUCGACGACUUGAAAUUAAGGAAAGUAGACAGUAGUGCCGCAUAG